AUGGAUCCACAUUGUAUAUUAUCAAUAGUGGAGGUCGGACAACAUCACUAUCCAACAACACAUGUUACCAGAUCUCGCAUUGGGAUGUCUGAGAUAAGUGAUGGCCAACGCAUUCACAUGACAUUACAGGACUCAGAGCUUUGGAAAGAGUUUCAUAAGAAAACUAAUGAAAUGAUUGUUACCAAAAGCGGACGCCGUAUGUUUCCAGUGAUAAAAUUAAAUAUCGAUGGAUUAGAGCCGCGGGCCAUGUAUUCAAUAGCUAUAGAGUUCGUACAAAUUGGUUCGCAUCGAUGGAAAUACAUGAACGGCGAUUGGGUUGCGGGCGGUAAGUCUGAACCGGCACCACAACAAUCGCAGUCUCUUUACAUACAUCCGGAAUCACCCAAUUUCGGGGCUCAUUGGAUGAGAGAAUCGGUCUCUUUCUCUAAAGUCAAGUUGACUAAUAAGCCGAGCGCACAGUCAGGACAGGUUGUAUUAAAUUCAUUGCACAAAUACGAGCCUCGAGUGCAUGUUAUACGAGUGGACAGUCAGGACAGUCUUGAAAAAGUGUUUACAUUUCAAUUUCAAGAAACACAGUUCAUAGCUGUAACUGCUUAUCAAAAUGAAGAGGUGACACAACUCAAGAUCCGUCACAACCCGUUUGCUAAAGCUUUUCAAGACGCCAGAGAGCGACCAAUAAAUGAGAUCAAUAAUAACCAAAUGGGAGAGGGAGGGCCACCACCUAAUAAAGUAAUGAUGAGUGAAAGCAUACACCAUUCAUCCACAUCACCUCCAUCUGGACCUAAUAGUUGGUGCAAUAGUUCAUCUAACGGUACAUAUAAUCAACAAAGUUUAUCAUCAAAUAUCAGUGGUAUGGCAUCAUCGGGAGGUUCGGGCAUACAUUGUGAACGGUUGACCACAUUGAGGACACAUAGGGUUAUGCCGUAUGGAAUCGAUAGAACGCAUAUUAAAAGAUCUCCAUCUCCUUAUGUGCUUAACAGUUGCAGCUAUGAAACAAUAACGGGAAACUCUGGUGUUCAUCAUUAUCCCAGUUGGACACCACAAGUAGUAACUACAGCUCCGUCAUCUCCAGACAUAGAGCCCAUACAAUGGCCAUCAUAUACAGGUGCAGUCGACGCCCAGACCUAUCAGCCCAAUAUAUUUUCAUUACAAAAGACUGUCCAACCAUUAAUACCGACCACAAGCAGCACGACUGCAAUAGUUGGCGCUAAUAGCUCAUGGAUUCAUAAUACAGAUGCUAACAGUCUUACCAGUGCUCACUAUACUUAUCUAACACCCGAUGCCACACAUUCAUCACAAUCUCAUCAUUCAUCAAAUAAUCAAACUAAUGAUAGAAACACUUAA